GCCCUUCCCCUCCGCCGCCUCCCCUCACCUCACCUCACCUCACCUUAGGGCUUCCCGCUGAGAGGGCCUGAGGGAGCCGCCGGCCUCGCUGCAGGAGCCGCGGCGUGAGGAGCGGCCUCGGGCUCCCCCGGCCGCUUCGCCUGCUCGUGGCUCAGCCCCGUUGUCGGGGCUCGGAGGCCCUGGCAGCCGUUCCUCCCCCGGGGCUUCAGUCCGGAGAGCUCAGGGCCUUCUGGUCCCCAGCGUUGUGCGGCAGGUCCCCGCCUCUGGGAGCCGUGUCACUGCAUUAACAUACCCGAGGUCCUUGGGUGGUUUGAUGGUCCCCUCAGUAAUGCAGUACCUGCCCCGAGCUCUAUGGAGCAGGGAGAUUUGGACUAGAUGGCCAGCAGAUGGACUGUUUGAAGCACUUGGUUUGAUCACCUGAGAGGACGGCCUUUGCUGAGGGUACCCUGCAGGGAAUCUGUUGGGUAUCGCUGUCAUCUCAGACUCUUCCCUGAUAUGGAACAAAGUGAAGGUGAACAGGAAUCGCAGCCAGAGAGUCACGUGGAUAGCAAGAGCAGCGUGAAAUCCUUGCCUGGGGGAGAGGCCCAUGUCAAGCUAGAGAUAAAAAAGCAUGCAGUUACAGAUGACUACAAACUCUCCAAACGGGUGCUAGGGUUAGGAAUCAAUGGGAAGGUACUGGAGUGUUUCAACAAGGAGACAGGCCAGAAAUGUGCUUUGAAGCUCCUGUAUGACAACCCAAAAGCCCGUCAGGAAGUAGAGUAUCAUUGGCGAGCAUCAGGGUGUCCCCACAUUGUCCACGUUCUGGAUGUUUAUGAGAAUAUACAUCAUGGAAAGAGAUGCCUCCUCAUUGUCAUGGAAUGCAUGGAAGGAGGAGAGCUGUUUAGCAGGAUCCAGGAGAGAGGAGAUCAAGCUUUCACUGAGAGAGAGGCCUCUGAAAUAAUGAGAGACAUCGGAACAGCCAUCCAGUAUCUGCAUUCAAUGAACAUUGCCCAUAGAGAUGUCAAGCCUGAAAACUUGCUUUACACGUCUAAAGGGAAGGAUGCUGUACUCAAACUCACAGACUUCGGCUUUGCCAAAGAAACUUCUGUAAAUGCACUGCAGACCCCCUGUUACACUCCUUAUUAUGUGGCCCCAGAAGUCCUUGGUCCUGAGAAGUAUGACAAAUCAUGUGACAUGUGGUCGUUGGGUGUCAUCACAUAUAUUCUCCUAUGUGGGUUCCCUCCAUUCUACUCAAACACUGGUCAAGCCAUUUCUCCAGGGAUGAAGAGAAGAAUUCGGAUGGGGCAAUAUGGAUUUCCCAAUCCAGAGUGGGCUGAGGUAUCAGAGGAAGCCAAACAACUGAUUCGCCAUUUACUGAAGACUGACCCGACGGAGAGGAUGACAGUUUCUCAAUUUAUGAAUCACCCUUGGAUUAAUAGAUCAAUGGCAGUGCCACCAACCCCUCUUCAUACUGCACGGGUCCUGCAAGAGGAUAAAGACCACUGGGAUGAAGUUAAAGAGGAGAUGACCAGUGCUUUGGCUACCAUGAGAGUGGACUAUGAUCAGGUGAAAAUCAAAGACUUGAAAACAUCCAACAACCGCCUCCUGAACAAACGCCGUAAGAAACAGAAGCAGGCAGGCACCUCUUCUGCAGCCCCGGGGUGCAAUAACCAGUGAGAAGAGAAGCCAAGGACCUGUGGGUGGAGGGUAGAAGUUAAAAGGAACACCUGAAAAUCAGUCUGAUCAACUCAGUCCGUACCACAAAUCUGGGCAAUGAGAUCGUGAAGAAGCUAUCCUGCCAAGAGGGAGCAGUGUGAAUGAUUACAUUUUUCUAACUUGAAUCGGGGCUUUGCUUUUCAAGGCUAACAUAUAUGACAUGAUUCUGUUGCAUAUUGCUGGGGAAGGGACAGUAAUACCAGAAAUGUUACGGGUUUUUGUUCUGGCUUUGAUACUGUUGGAUGAGAGGAAAGAUCAGGUGGAAGUCUCAGAAUACUAAUGCACUGAGGCCUUAACAGCCAUCUACAAGUGUUCUGCUAGGAGAGUUCUAGCAGUUCAAACAUGAGUAGUGAGAAAGGAGAAAAAUGUCACUGCUCUUUAUACGAGCAGCACGGGUGCAGCUCUAUUUUGGAUGCAUCUGAACAGCAUUUCAUGUUAGAGUUGGUAACAGUCAGUUAUUUCCAAACUUACCUCCUAUAGUUACAGAAUAUCACCUCUAAACAGUAAUCAGUUAUUCCUGUUACAGGAAAAAAGCAUCCAUACAUUUCCAUUUUUAUAAAGUCUUCCUCUGCACUCUGUGAAGAUUUGAGUUUGUCUUGGAUUCUCACUUGAUAACAUGUAAGUUUUCUAAAUUGUAACCAUUGUGUCAUGUCUGUGCCAGUCACAUCCCUCUCUUGUAAUGUUUUUAAUUUAAAUGGUACUUUAUGUGAAGAGUUUAAUAAGGAUUGAAUUAGUUGAAAGUAUCCUACAGAGAAUAUUGCUGUUCCUCUUGGAUCCGUAACCUCUAGGGUGUGCAACUGGACAUGCAAUUGUAUACAAGAGACUGCUCUAGAAGAGAGACUUCUGAAAUUCAGGAAGAAGUGGUAAAUGCAUGUCCUGUGAAUGGACCCUGGUGUCUGCCAGCAUCCCUUCUGGUAAUUACCUCCAGGUCCUGUGCCUGACAUCUGCUGAUCAUAACAAGUUUUGGGGUGCUGGGGUUGGUUUUGUUCCUGGGGUCAGGGAGGGGAGGAUGCUACUUAAUUUGCAGUCCUUUGUCAGUGUUUCUGCAUCCAAAGAUUUUUGCCACCUAAGAGAGAUCACCUUUGAGUAUAACCACCUAUUUUUCCCCCCAUCUUUUGUCUUUAUUUUAUGAGAUUCUAGCUUUGGUUUGCUGAUUUGUUUUACUUUGCGAUCAAAAUAGUUCCUCUCAUUGUAUUUUGUUUGGGGUUUUUUGGUUUUAGUUGUGGGGUUUUUUUUGGGGUUGAGGUGAAACAAACCUUUGCAUUUGAUGCAGGCAAAAAUGAUGUUGUGUAGGCACACAGGGUACUGUAGUGGUAAUAGGCUCAGAAGAAUGUUGAAGGUUAAAAAGGAAAACAAGGCACCAGAGAGGAUCCCAAGUGCCACAUCUGACUGCCAAACAGAUUUGGUCACCCCCAACUAAGAUCAGCCCAAGGCUUUGGACCUUUUCUGGGGAGCCCUGUUCCCAUCUUCAGAAUGUUGGAUGAGACUUCCAUUCUUCUCUGUGAACUGGCCCUAGGGUUUUAUAAACUGAUUUUAAUAAAUCAUGCUAUAAUAUUC